AUGGUAUUCUAUACCUUCGACGCUGGAUUAUUUGAACUCUACCUCAUUCACUGCACAAAUGAGCCCAAUGUGUCAAUACCGCAGUUGGCCAACCUCCUUAUCGAAAGGACACAAAACACCAACUGGGUUGUCGUAUUUAAAGCACUUAUUACAGUACAUCACCUCAUGUGCUAUGGAAACGAGAGGUUUACACAAUACCUCGCUUCGAGUAACAGCACAUUUCAACUUAGUAAUUUCUUGGACAAGAGCGGAGUUCAAGGAUAUGAUAUGUCUCCCUUUAUUAGGAGGUAUGCCAAAUACCUGAAUGAGAAAGCCAUGUCCUACAGGACUGUUGCAUUUGACUUCUGCAAAGUCAAGCGUGGUAAGGAGGAUGGUGUCUUAAGGACAAUGAAUGCAGAAAAAUUAUUGAAGACACUGCCAGUUCUUCAAUCCCAACUAGAUGAAUUGUUGGAAUUUGAUUGCUCUGCUGCAGACCUGAGCAAUGGAGUUAUUAACAUGGCUUUUAUGCUCUUAUUCAGGGAUCUUAUUAGGCUAUUUGCUGGCUACAAUGAUAGUAUUAUAAAUCUUCUAGAAAAGUUUUUCGAAAUGAAUAAGAAGCAGUGUCGACAAGCAUUAGACUUGUAUAAGAAAUUUCUCAUUAGAAUGGACAGGGUUGGUGAAUUCUUAAAAGUUGCAGAGAAUGUCGGCAUUGACAAAGGAGAGAUUCCAGAUUUAACUAAGGCUCCAAGCAGCCUUCUUGAUGCUCUUGAACAACAUCUUGCUGCCUUAGAGGGAAAGAAAGGCUCUGCUGCAAAUACUCCGACUCAAUCAGCUAGCCCAGAGCCAGAUCAGCCUCCCGCUAAUCCUUUCCUCCCCUCAAGUUCUUUUCCUUUUAACAAUAUUCUCACAGAAAGCCAGAGGACAGAUGUGAAGAGCGGUGUAUCAGCGUUAUGUUCUACUAGCAGUGCGUUUGGCACAGCCGCGGCAGCGCAUGGGGUGGAAGGAGGAGAUGAUGCUCUCAGGCAGCAAGCUCUAGCUGAGGAAGAAGCUGCUAUUAACCACUACAAAUCAAAGGUGCAAUCCCCAACAAACUCCGGAGCUGCAACUGCUACUAAUCCGUUCCUGGUUGGAUCUCCUACACAGCCAAUUGUUGAUCUCUUUGGGGCUCCUGUUCCUGCUGCUGAGCCACAGGUUCAGCAAACAGGUAAAGCCUCCGAUGACUUAUUGCAACUUGGCAACCCUUUUGCUGACAUAUUCGGCGCGCCAGCACAGCAAGUACCUCUUGGAUCUGCACCGCCACCAGUCCAACCGGCUGUUCAAAACAAUAUGUGGAUGUCCAAUGGUUUUGGGGCAAUGAACAACAUAAAUAACUCCGCAGCUCCACCAUCUAGUGCUUUUGUAAGUGACAACGCUUUUAACUCUGUCUUUGGUUCUGCUGACCAACCAGCUGCAACAGCACCAGAUAAUAUUUAUGUGCAAGCUGCUGCUGGCGAAGUGAACCCCUUUGCUGGGGAGGGUAAGGCCCCUCCUCGCCCCCCGCCCCCACGCCCUGCCUCCCCUCCCAAGUCUGCCCUUGAUGAUCUAAGUAAUGGAAUCCGUGCUGCAAUGGGCCAAUCCCAGUCGACCCCUCAGCAACCCCCUCCACAACAGCAACCAUUCCAACAACAGCCUCCUUCACAACAGUCUUUCCAACAACCGACUCAAUUUCAGCAACCUCCACCUGCCCCGCAGGCAUUUCCUCAACCAAAUUAUCCUCAACCAGGUCCUGGUCAAGUAUUCCAACAGCCCACCAUCCCAGGCCAAACUUACCAACCACCUGUUGUUGGGGGUCAAGCAUUUCAGCAGCCUGUAGUCCCUGGGCAGACUUUCCAACAAACCCAACCAGUUAUGUUUGCAUCUUCCUCUUCCCCAGCAAAGGUUCCGAUGGCUGCCAUGCAAGCAGGUAACGAACCUCAGUCUGGUAAAGUGUUGACUGGCGAUUUGGACACAAGCCUAGCACUCUUAGCCGAAAAUCUCACUAUAAACAAAGGAACUCAGCAGACCGCAAAAGGAAUGCAGUGGAACUCGCCUAAGAAUGCCGCAAAGCCUGGAACUGGAUGGACACCACAGCCGAUGGCUGCUACAACAGGUGCUAACUACAGGCCAAUGGGACCAGGCAUGAUGAGCACGCCAACGUUUGCCAGCAUGCACCACAUGGGCAUGAUGGGAUCUCCGCGGCAGGUACCCCCGCAGGCACAGCAACCUCAGGAGCUGGACCCCUUUGGGGCACUUUGAACAGGAUUUCAAGUGGACUUAAAUCAUUUUGUAAAUAUAACAGUGAGCUGCUCAACUUACGACAGCUAUAUUGCCUGUUACCAACAAAAGGUUAAUCAUUAAAUGUAAAAAUCAUAGAAUCUAGCCUACCAUUUGUUGAUAAAAUCCCUCUAAAAAAACAAAACAAAAAUGACCCAGAGUUAUGCGGCGUUGUUACUUCAGUAAAGCUUCAAACUUAUCGUUUUGUUUGAUUAAUAGCGCCUGUUUUAAAUAAUGUCUUCUUUGUUGACUUCUAUUUCUAUAUUUCAUUUAAUUUUUUUUUUUUUGUGUAAGAAGACAAAUAUUUUAGUCAAGAUUAAGUGGAAGAUAUAAUUGUUAAAAUAAAGUGGGUAAUAAAAAAAAAAAGAGAUCUAGUGGGAAAUUAUUUAAUAAGUAAAGUUAUACAUUUUCUAUUAGAGAAAGUUACAAGUGUAUUAGUUAACUAAAUGCGGGAGACAAUUGGUUUAAUAUUCAUUGCCAACGAAAAUACAGAAAAAAAGAUUUAAAUAUAUAUAUACAUAUAUAUAUCGCAUUAGUUUGGUACCUAAUUAGAAAAUGUAUGUUAUCUCCUUGUAUAUCUUUAAAUUGUAAUUUUAGUUGUGUCUUUUUAUAUAAUUUGUGUCAUUUGUAAAUAUUCGAUUGUUUGGAUUUUAAUUUAAUCCAUUUAUUAUAAAUAUAUAUAAAUAUGUGUGUGCGUGAAAUCUCGAAAAAUUAUUUUGAAAGAGGACAUAUUGAAAGCUAUUAAAUGUAUUUAUUUAAAAAAAAAACUGUUACGUUACUGAUUGUUACUACGAGAUUGUACUAUAUAAUUAUGAAACUUAGUCAUUAAGUAUUAUUUAAUUGAUAUAGGUUCUUAUAAGAACAUAACCUAUAUGUAUAGCAUAUAUAUACAAAACAUAUUGGUAUAUAAGUAUGUUUAAGAACAUGGUUUGAUUAUGGAAAAUCUCUUAUCACGAGAGCAAGACAAUAUUAUUUUUAAGUCUUCUAAGAAUUUCAUCUCAUCAAUAUCAUUAUUGAAAUUUCGAAUCUUUUAAUCAACAUUUUAAUAAAAUUCAAUGUUUAUUAAGAUAUUAUUUUAUGAAUAUAGAAUAUAUUAGAGAAAAAAUGUAUAAGUAUUACUAAAAAUGUAAACAUACUAUUUUGGAGGGGAGACUUUUUAAAUGUUCACCUAUUGCUGUUUGUCAAAUUCUACAAUGCUAUUUUAUAUAUUUUAUUGCAAAAAUUAUUUUUGAUUUGUGCACACGUAUACUUCCAAGAAAUAUAUCAAAAGCUCCUUAAUAUAUAAAAUACUUAUUGACCAAUAGAUAGGAAGGAUGAGUGCGUGAUAGUAUAAGCUACUUUAUAUCCCCUGUUGCCCCCAGAUAUUAUCUAAGGCAUGUGAUAUAAUUACACAGGUAUUUAUUUCAGGCAGAUCUGUAGUGCAUUUCCUGCACCUGUGUACAGGGUGUGUAUGUUCUGGUAGGGAAGGAAAGAGAUUGAUUAGCGUACAUGUUAACAUUUUCAGUUCAUCACAAAUCUUGUUUACUUAGAGUAGUCUUGGAGCAAAAAAUACUCACAAUUAAACAAAAAAAAAAAACUAGUUUUUAGUUAGAACUUUAGGAGACUGAUGAAGGAGACUGCCCAAUAGAAACUAUUUCUGUUCCUAAGAUCCGUCGGCUUGUGCAUCUUUCUCUUUGGCCUUCCCACCUGCUGUCUUAUUAGGUUAUAGAUCCAGUCUGUGGUUACGUAUAUAUAUAUUGUGUAUGUAGAACGCUUUCAAUUCAUUUUUUUUUUUUUAUUUUAAAUUUUGUAUUAAAGCACAUGUCGUUAUUUUGGAGAGCGUGUUAUGUUUUUUAAAGUUAAUCUGUUUUAUUUAUUACAAAUUGUUAAUAUUAUUAAUAUCACAUUCCACUAAUUGUUUCCUUUAAAGAUUUAAUGUGUUUAGAAAAUUAUUUCUUUGAAAUAUGAAUUUUAAAAAUUGUUUAUCACCAAUAGCAUUGUGAAUGUAUGCUUACUGUUCAGUUAUAUUGUUUAACAGUUAUGUUUGGACACUAGAUUAUUAUAUUUGUAUUUAUUUCGUCAAUGAAACAAAAGUAUUAUACAAUA